AUGGGCGCCGGGAUUAGGAUCUUGGCGGUGGCGCUGCUGGCGCUCGCGGCUGCCGGCGGCGCGGCGGCGCAGCUCCGGCAGGGCUACUACUCCGCCAGCUGCCCCAACGUGGAGGCCAUCGUGCAGGCCGCGGUCGCCCUCAAGGUCCAGCAGACGCCCGUCGCCGUCGGCGCCACCGUCCGCCUCUUCUUCCACGACUGCUUCGUCCAGGGAUGCGACGCGUCGGUCAUCAUCGUGUCGACGGCGAACAACACGGCGGAGAAGGACCACGUGAGCAACCUCUCCCUCGCCGGCGACGGCUUCGACACCGUCAUCAAGGCCAAGGCGGCCGUGGACACGCAGUGCCCGAGCCCCAACCUGGUCUCCUGCGCAGACAUCCUCACCAUGGCCACCCGGGACGUCAUCGGCCUGGCCGGCGGCCCGGCGUACCCCGUGGAGCUGGGGAGGCUGGACGGGCUGGUGUCGACGGCGAGCAACGUCGACGGGAACCUGCCGCCGCCGUCGUUCAACCUGGACCAGCUGACGGCGAUGUUCGCCGCCAACAACCUGUCCCAGGCCGACAUGAUUGCGCUCUCCGCGGCGCACACGGUGGGGUUCGCGCACUGCGGGACGUUCACGGGCCGGAUCCAGACGGCGGCGGCGGACCCGACGAUGGACCCGGGGUACGCGUCGCAGCUGCUGGCGGCGUGCCCGGCCGGGGUGGACCCCAACGUGGCGCUGGAGAUCGACCCGGUGACGCCGCACGCCUUCGACAACCAGUACUUCAUCAACCUGCAGAAGGGGAUGGGCCUGCUCACCUCCGACCAGGUCCUCUACGCCGACGCCCGCUCGCGCCCCACCGUCGACGCCUGGGCGGCCAACAGCUCCGACUUCGAGGCCGCCUUCGUCGCCGCCAUGACCAGCCUCGGCCGCGUCGGCGUCAAGACGGACCCCGCGCUCGGCAACAUCCGCCGCGACUGCGCCGUGCUCAACAGCUGA